UCUCUUUUCGGUUUAUUCCGUUUUCUCUGUAGAAUUUUGGCUUGUCCGGGCUGCCGUCGCGCUCGACGCUUUGUGUUUAUACGCCUACGUUUACACACAGAAAGCCAUGUCGUCCGAAGCCUUAAAGAAGCGGAAGUCGAAGGUUCUCCGCGUUGAAGGAGGGACGCCGGAGACGAAGCGAGGCCGGGGGGAGGUGGACCAGGAUGUGCGUCUGUAUAACGAGGAGGGGGAGCUGGAGGGCAGAGACCCCGAGCAGGACUACCUGCAGUACAAAGAAUCAUGCGAGAGUUUGGCCACAAUCAUGAGUGAGAUCCAGGAGCUGAAAGCCAGUGGAGCCAAGGAAGGGAACGUGGAGGUGGAGCUGAAGCGCAUGCAGGGUUGCAUCCACUUCAUGAACCUGAAAAAACUCAACCGCCUGGCUCACAUGCGGCUGAAACGAGGACGGGACCAGACGCACGAGGCAAAGCAAAAGGUCGACGUGCUUCAUCUUCAGUUGCAGAACCUGCUCUAUGAAGUUAUGCAUCUUCAGAAGGAGAUCAGCAAGUGUCUGGAGUUCAAGUCCAAGCAUGAAGAAAUUGACUUGGUGAGCGAAGAGGAGUUUUACCAGGACGCCCCGCCGGAGAUCUCCAGGCCGAACCUGACGAGAAGCGAUCCCCACCAGCUCACUCUGGCGAGACUGGACUGGGAGCUCGAACAGAGGAAGAGGUUGGCAGAAAAAUACAAGGAGUCGCAGUCCACAAAGGAGAAAAUUCAGAAGAGCAUCGAGGUGAAGAAGGAGCAUCUGAGGAGCCUUCAGCCUGGACUGAACGCCAUCAUGCAGGCGUCUGUCCCAGUGCAGGACUACCUGUCCAUGCCGUUUGAAAAGACCCAGAAGCAGGUGGAGAUCGCCCGCCACCUUCCUCCACCGCUCUACGUACUGUUUGUUCAAGCAAACGCUUACGGCCAAGCCUGUGACAAGAAGCUGAAUGUGUCGAUCUGCGGAGACGUGGAUGAGGCCAGGGCUCUUUCCAAACCUCCUGACGACUCCCAGGAUGAUGAGAGUGAUUCAGACGCAGAAGAGGAGCAGGAGAAAACGAAGAGAAGGAGGCCGACCACAGGCGGACAGCUGGACGACAAAAGACGAGAGAUGCUCAAAAGGCACCCUCUGUCUCUCAGCUUGGAGCUUCAGUGUAAAGAUGGCAGCACUCUCCAUCUUUACUUCUUCUACCUGAUGAAUCUGAAUAUUUUGACCGUGAAGACCAAAGUCUCUACCUCCACAGACCUCAACACGGCUAUCAGCGCUGGAGAUCUCCUUAAAUCCGACACACUCCUCAGCUGCCUCUACACCCGAGACCAAGGGAGAGAAACUCCCAACCCAGCCAAUCGCUACCAGUUUGAUAAAGUUGGGAUUGUUACCUUUGCCGAUUAUGUGGAGGAGCUGGGGUAUCCCUACAUGUGGGUUCAGAAUCUGGGAGGACUUCAUUUUCCCGGUGAAACAUCAGAGGGCGUUCUGGUGGGCAGCUCCCUGAGCGCCAGCCACAUGGAGAGCACCAUGAAGCUGCUGAGGGGACGGGUCCAGUCCCGCUUGGCUCUGCACAAACAGUUUGCUUCUUUAGAGCACAGCAUCAUCCCGAUCUCCAGUGAGUGUCAGCACCUCUUUCCCGCCAAGAUCAUCUCCCGCCUGGCUCGCUGGACCACCAUCAGUCAGCAGGAGUACACGGAACUGCCGUAUACCCACCAUGUAACCGAGGCUGGACUGGCCACGGAGACGGACCUGUACUUUAUGGCAGUGGUUGAAAGGGGCACAGCUCGCCUCCACGCCGCUGUGGUCCUGAGUCCCCGCUACCCAGAGAUCUCUCCUCUGUUCUCCCUGUCGCUCAACUGGAAGGGCGAGUGCAGUGGACGCACCGACGACAACCUGAGGGCCAUGGAGAGUGAAGUGAAUGUGUUCAAACAUGAGCUACAGGGUCCGAAGCCGGGCCACCAGCUCCUGACCAAUCAGUUUGCACGUCUGUGCGUCUGCUUGGACGUGUAUUUGGAGACGGAAGGGCAAGAUGACAGCGUGGAGGGACCUCGCGAGUUCCCGCGAGAGAAGAUGUGUCUGCGCACUGUCAGGGGUCCAAACCGUCUGAAGCCGUUCAAGUACAACCAUCCUCAGGGCUUCUUCAGUCACCGUUAAACCUGCGGCCAUAUUUGUCCGCCUUAAUACUGUGUUUGUACCUCUUUGAAACACAAAAGUCCCGUUUUAUCUGUUUUUACAUUUUGAAAAUAAAAGAACUCCUUGUUGUCAUC